AUGGCGUCUCUGUGCCGAGGCUACCUCCUGUUCGUCCACCUCCUGCUGCUGCCCGUGGCGCUUCUUCCGUGCGCCCAUGGAGCACCAGCAGACACGGGUAAGAUCAAAAUCUCGGCCGUCUUCGUGUUCGGCGACUCCAUCGUCGACCCCGGCAACAACAAUAAUCGGCUCACGGAGGCGAAGGCAGACUUCCCGCCCUACGGCCAGGACUUCCCCGGCGGGGUGGCCACCGGGAGAUUCUCCAACGGCAAGGUCCCUGGGGACAUGUUUGCUUCAGGGUUCGGAAUUAAGAAACUACUGCCACCAUACAUUGGAGACGAUCUUCAACUAAGUGACCUACUUACUGGUGUCGUAUUUGCCUCAGGAGGCAGUGGAUAUGAUCCUUUAACUUCUAUACCCGCGGCUGCUACAUCAAGUACCGGACAGCUUGAGUUAUUCCUUGAGUAUAAGGAGAGGUUAAGAUAUUUAGUUGGUGAAGAGGAGACGGCACGUGUAAUCUCUGAAGGCAUAUACUUCACAGUCAUGGGGGCAAAUGACCUUGCAAACAAUUACUUUUUACUCCCCUUGAGGCGCCAUCAAUAUGACCUUCCUUCAUAUGUUAACUUUCUUGUUUCUUCGGCCGUCAACUUCACUAUGAAAUUAAAUGAGAUGGGUGCAAGGAGAAUUGGGUUCAUUGGCAUUCCACCAGUUGGAUGUUGUCCUUCACAAAGAAUACUUGGAUCAAGAGAAUGUUUCAAGGAGGUAGCCGAGGGAUGCUGUGGCAGCACAGUACUAAAUGCAGCAAUAUUCAUUAAAAAUCAUCAUGCAUGUCCAAAUGUUAACGAUUUCAUUUUUUGGGACAGCUUCCACCCUACUGAAAAGGCCUACAGCAUUGUGGUUGAUAAACUCUUUCAGCAAAAUAUGCAUGACCUAAUGUGA